CCCCUCCCGCCGCCCCGCUCGGUGCCGGUGCCGGUGCCCGGUCUCACGCCGAGCCCAGCGGAGCGGCAUGGCGGGCGGGGGGCCCUGCCGCCGCUGCCUGCCCCUGCCUGUACCCCUGCCUGUACCCCUGCCUGUACCCCUGCCUGUACCCCUGCCUGUACCCCUGCGGCUCUGCCUCUGCCUCUGCUGCCUGCUGCUGCCGCCCGCCGCCGGCUCCUGGAGCCCGGCCGUGCUGCAGCCGGCCGCCCGCAGCAACUGGUGCUCCUACACGGUGACACGGACGGUGUCGUGCCACGUCCAGAACGGCACUUUCCUCCAACGGGUCUUCCAGGGCUGCCGCUGGCCCCUGGCCUGCAGCGGGGGCAGCAGCUACCGCGCCGUCGUCCGGCCCAUCUACAGGGUGACCUACAAGACGCUCACGGCGCUGGAGUGGAGGUGCUGCCCCGGGCACGCCGGCGCCAACUGCGAGGAAGCAGAGGCUCACACCUUCCUCGCCCUGCGGGACACCGGGCGCCCCAGCACUGCCCCACGCCGGCCCCCCCUGCGCCCCACAGCUUUCUCAGGGUGCCUGAACUGCAGCCGUGUCGGGGAGCUGACAGCCCGGCUCGCCACGCUCGAGGCGCAGGUGGCCCGGCUGUCGGUGGCUGAACCCCCCACCCCUCCGACACCCAAAGGCAGCCCCUCGGGCAGGGGGACGGAAACUGGGCAGCUCUGGGGGUCCCCAGCCGCCCGUGGGAGCCCUGGGGAUGAUGGGAGACCAGGCUCGCGGGGGCCCCCCGGCCCCAAGGGAGACGCGGGAGGACGGGGACCAUCAGGCAUUCCCGGGGUGAAGGGUCCAACGGGGCCACCAGGUCCCCCCGGCCCCCCAGGACCACCCGGUCGGGAUGGAGCCAGGGGACUCCCCGGAGAGAAGGGGUUACCCGGGCCCCCCGGGCCCCCAGGCCCCCCUGCCCCCGUGGGGCCAGUGAUACCCCGCAUAGCUGAGCCCAGGGACCCGCUCCUCUCCAACACCUUCACCGAAGCCGCCGGGGGUAUCGUGGGUCCCGUCGGACCCCCCGGGCCUGUGGGGCCGAUGGGUCCCCCCGGCCCUCCGGGUCCCAUCGGGCCACCCGGCCCCCCAGGACCCGAUGGUAGAGCUGGGGCACCCGGAGCUGCUGGCCCCCCCGGGGAGAAGGGAGACAGGGGUCCCCAGGGCCACCCAGGCAGCCGCGGGCAGGACGGGGCACAGGGCGAGCCGGGCCCCAGGGGCGAGCCGGGCGAGAAGGGCACUUGGGCCAGUAGCUUCCAAACCCUCCUGCGGCAGCAGGCCCGGCUGGAGGUCCUGGCUAGAAGGGUCACCUUGCUGGAAGCCAUCAUCUGGCCAGAACCAGAGCCCGGCUCGGGCAGUGGCCCCCCCGGCACCGCAGUGCCCGGGCCCCCCCGCGGCAAGCGCGGCAGCGGCCAGCUCCCCUACCGCAUCGUAGCCCCCCACCGGCAGCCCCCUGGCAAGCAGUAAUGGAGCCUAAGGAAGCGGGGGGGGGGGGGGGGGAAUGUCACCCCCUGUCACCCCCCCACCCUGCACCCACCGCCGUGUCAGUCUGGGCAGGAGCAUUGCCCCAGGGUGGGGGGGUGGGGGCAGGAUGGGGGUCACCCCCCCCAUAUCCCCCGGCCCUGCAGGGCUCUUGGUGCUAGCCGGUGACACGGCACCGGCCCCCCCUCGACGCUUUGUCCCCCAUUACUGCCGCUUGAACCCCCACCCGGGGAGGGGGGAGGGAGGAAAAGGGGUCCCAGGGCCCCCCCGCCCCAUUUCUGACCCCCCCCACCCCCCACCCCAAUGUGCAGCUCUGGGGGUGCUUAAUACCUUCCCCAGCCUGACCCCCCGUGGCCACGCCCCGCGCCAGGGAAGCGGCUGUGGGAGGGGGUCAGCAGUGGGGACCCCCCCCCCACGGGUGGGGACCCCCACUACACCGCCCGCUUCGUCCCGCUGCUUUUGGGACCCUUGAGGUCAUUAAACACCUCCUGAACCCGU